AGGUUUCCGCCCUGCAAUGGCAGUAGCUGCCUGGUUGCGCUCGUCAUCGUUCUUGGAGCCAUUUACGCGUACUACCCAAUGUCAUGGAAGCGACCUGAUAACAGAGGCCUGAACAACAGAAACGAAUCUAGUAGUGCGAUCGAUCCCCGGUUCAGCGCUGGAACGAAAUUCAUAACUAUGUCAACGCCUGGUCGCUUGGGAAACCAAAUGAGCGGCUACGCUUCGACGUACGCAAUGGCAAAGAUGACCAACCGGCAAGGAAUCAUCGCGUCGAGGAUGUACAAGACCUUGUCAAGGUACUUCCGCAUCACACUCCCAGUCAUAUUAAAUAAGACCACGUUGGAGUGCGACGUACGACAGGCGAAUGACUGGAUGUCUGAAAAGCACUAUCACUUGAGUGAUCCCUGUGUCGAAUUCACCGGCCACUACGAGUCCUGGACGUUUUUCCACCAUGCGAGAGAAGACAUCAUCAGGGAAUUCACUUUUCACUAUUCCUACAGAUUGCAAGCGUGGAGAACGCUGAGCGAGCUUCGAGGUAACCGGACGCGACCUACUUACGUAGGUGUCCACGUCCGCCGUGGCGAUGACAUCGACACCUGGGUGUCAUUGCGGGACAUUGGAGCAGACAACGGUUACCUCCAGCGAGCCAUGGGUUAUUUUCGGGGCCGUUACGCGGAAGUAGUAUUCGUGGUUGUCAGCAAUGCCAUGUUGUGGUGUAAAAAGAACAUAGGCAAUUCCCGCGGUGACGUCUAUUUUGUGGGAAAUGGCGACAAGUUUAAUCCUGGCAGAGACCUCGCAUUGCUGGUUCACUGCAAUCAUACAAUCAUUACUCUCGGGAUGUUCGGUUUCUGGGGAGGUUACCUUGCCGGAGGAGAAGUUACUUAUCUGGCAAACCACACACUUCCUCAUUCGAACUGCAAAAGAGACAAGCCAGCAUCGAAGCAGCGCUUACCGCAGUGGAUCCCGAUACCAGCCAGUAUUUAUGAUCUUCGAAACCACUCAGCAAGCCGCCGCGAAUGUCACCGGCAUCGUUACAGACGGCACAGGAAAGAAUUGAGGACUCGGACUGGAGCGCUGAAGCAGAAGAUGCGUAACUUUUCCCGUAAACCGAUGAAAAGCUCUACCGUGUUGCAUGUAUCAGCUUAAUGCACUGCUAUGGAAAAUUAACUUCCAUUUAUAUUGAUAUGUUCUGUAAUACAAUAUCAUAAAGUGUCGUC